AGGAAAAUUAUGUAAAAUAGAAACUGUAGGCAUUCGUAAAAUACACGCGUUUUAUCUUAUAUCUGCAUGAAGUUGACAAAACUUUGUUGUGUAACUAGAAGCAUGAGUGACGUCUGACUGGAGUUAUGUAACGCAAUGGAGACUGUUUUUAUUUAUGUAAAUGUCUGUCUGUACUACGUAGCCUUCAUUAGGCACAGUACAAAACAAAUCUUUACCGUGAGCCUACGUUCUGGACCCCACUGUAGCCUUUAUCAUGGUUGAUGACCAAGUUGAAAUUAUGAAAAAUGCAGACAAAUGAGCAGUGCUGUAGCUAUUAUGACAUUCUCGUUUCAAGCUGUUGAUUUAUGACAAUUUAAGAAAAUGCCUUUGUUAACUGCUCUGGUGAUUAAAGCGAGGAAUGAGUUUCGUGAUAAUACUGUAUCAACAUGAACAGUUGGAGUACUUUGCAGCUGGGCCUUAGGAUCGUCAAGAAUGGACGACGUACGUACAGAACAAUGACGUCACGGCGCGUGGGGGCCGUCCAGAAAUGGACCUCUUUCAGCAAUGAGAGCGCUCGCAAUUUGUCGACCCAGGAGCAGAACGUAGUUAAAUCCCCCUACCCUGACAUCUCAGUACCAGACAUCACUUUAGUUGAUUUUGUCUGGGAUAUGGUGGACAAAUUUCCGGACAGCACAGCCCUAGUGUGUUCACUGACAGGCCGCAAAUACACGUACGCCGAGUCACGUGCGAUUGCACGUCGCUUUGCUGUAUCACUCCGUAAGGCAGGAUUUAAACAUGGCGAUGUGAUUGCAGUGGUGCUCCCCAACAUACCAGAAUAUCUGCACGUUCUGUUUGGAGCAAUUGAGGCUGGUAUGGUUGUCACCACUGUCAACCCAGGCUUCACUUCAGAUGAAAUAUUGAAGCAGCUUAGAGACUCGGGUGCCACUGGUAUUGUGACGAUAUCAGAAGUCUAUCCCAACGUGUCUAAAGCUGUCAGCACAUUGGAGGCUGAAAGGAAGAGAAGAAUUCCAGUUAUCAUCACUCCAGGGUUGGAAGAUAAAACAAUUCCCCAGGGAACAAUCAACUUCCAAGAAAUGACGCACAAAGGCAUUGACACGUCAAACCUUGCUGCUGAUGAUAGGCUGAGCGCUGACAAUGUGGUAGUGCUGCCAUAUUCCAGCGGGACCACAGGCUUCCCGAAGGGGGUGAAGCUUUCACAUAGACAUCUCGUCACAAACUGUUUGCAGGUGUUAAGUGAGCCCAAGCUAAAUUCACCUGUGAGAGCCUCACAUGGCUGUCAAGAAGUUCUUCCUGCUCUUCUGCCCUUCUACCACAUUUAUGGAUUACUUUCUCUAGCCAUUGGUUCACUUUACUAUGGUCAAAAAAUCAUUACAAUACCAAAGUUUGAGCCUGUGCACUUCUUAUCAUCCAUUGCUAAGAAUAAGGCUACCACGCUAUAUCUGGUGCCUCCUUUGAUCCAUUUCAUAGCCUCACAUCCUGAUGUUAAGAGUUCUUACUUUGAAUCAGUGACUUUAAUUAAUAACGGAGCAGCUUCUGUUGGUCUAAAUGAUGUGGAACGCUUGCUAAAGAAGGCACCACAUGUUUCAUUUAGUCAAGGUUAUGGGCUGACAGAAUCCUCUCCUGUUGCGUGCAUAUUAGAGAAAGGAAGCACCAAGUACACAUCAUCUGGUAAACCCAUUCCUAAUACUGAGAUGAAAAUAAUUAACAUGGAUACUAACAUGAAUCUGGGACCAGGAGAGGCUGGAGAAGUGUGUAUUAGAGGUCCCCAGGUAAUGAUGGGAUAUCAUAACAAUCCUCAGGCUACUGCUGAAACAAUUGACUCCUCUGGUUGGCUCCACACUGGAGAUAUGGGUUACUAUGAUGAAGAAAGCAAUUUUUACAUUGUAGACAGAUAUAAGGAACUUAUUAAAGUUAAAGGAUCACAGGUGGCCCCAGCUGAGCUGGAAGACAUACUUCGCAGUCACCCUGGAAUUGCUGAUGCAGCAGUCAUUGGUGUAUCAGACCAAAGGUCUGGAGAAGUCCCUAAAGCCUUCAUUGUAACAAAACAAGAAGAACUCACAGAAGAUGAUGUGAAGAAAUUUGUGGCAGAAAAGGUGUCUCAACAUAAGCAUUUAAAAGGUGGUGUAGAAUUCAUAGCUGCAAUACCAAAGAAUCCAACAGGCAAGAUUCUGCGAAGAAAACUUAAAGAAAUGUAUUCCAAAUGAUGUGCUUAUGUGGCGAUUGAUCACUUAUGAAAGUAUGAGAGAUAACAAAACACAAUGCAGUCUGACAUAAGUACAAGGCCUAAUACUUUUAUAUGAAUGAAAUUAUCGGAGCCUCAAUCUGAUAAUUUUAGAAGUGACAGUAACUUGGAGAUGGUAAAACAGCAAUAGAUAUUAAGUUUUAUUUGAAACAACAAGCAGGGGCAAAGUACAAGAGCCAACUGAAGUAAUGUGGGUUAAACUUGAUUCUCCCAUAGAACUGAUAAUGAAGUGUGAAUGUAAUAUAAAAUUGUGGUUUUCUGCUUGAGAAUACAUAGCAGGAACCAUUAGGAUAACCUAAUUUUGUGGUGCACAGUGUUUGAGAAGUUGAGUUAUCUACCUAUUCAAGAAAUUCCAUUGGUUUAAUUCAGUGUUUACUAAAGCCUGCCAUGAUCUCUAUCCCAAGCCAAUUUAAUCUUGUCCACAUCACAUCCUGUUUUUACAACAAAUAUUUAAAAAGAUCCUCACAUGUAAACUUAGUUCAUAAGAGGCAGAUAGUUGCAUAAUUGUUCCACAAAUUCCCCACAUUCUGUGGAAUUCAGAGUUUCAUUACUAUGUAACAGACACUGAAAUUUAUCCCAAGCCAAUAGUAUCCAGUCUAUAACCUUUUAUUAAAUUAUUUUAAUUUGUCCCUAAACUAUGGCUGGUUUUCCCAUGUGCUCUGUGAUUGCCUGAGAAGAUUUUAUUGAAUAUAAUAACCUCACUAGAGCCAUGCAGCUGUGAUUGUUCACAAAUUUUCCGCAUUGUUAUGUGUUUGUAAUUAUGUACAAUGCCCUUUAAAUAACAGAAAUACAGAGCAGGACUGCAGCAUUUCAAUAAAAUGUGUAUUUUUUCAGUUA